GAGGAGCAGGACAGAAAUGAGGCUGUAUCACUGUCAGGUGUGUGUAACCAGAGAGUGUCAAAGGUGGAGACAGUGCGGUCAUCUAGCGUUACAUAAACCACCUUUACUCUCACAGAAUAUAUCAAGAGCUAUUAAAAUAGGGUGUUUAAUAUUAAAUAUAUACCAAACCUCAGUUCUCCUUUAGUGAAGGAUCGAUGCAUGAUCCUUUUCAGUGGUAGGACAUAUGACCUUUUGAAACAUGUAUAUCAUCUAGUUAGACAGAUAGACAGACAUGCUUUAGAAAACAAAAAUAGGCUAAGCAUUUUUCUCCACUUAAUGGGAUUUUAUAAGAAUGAAGAGUUUUUAAGAUUUAAAGAGUAAAUGUCUGUAAAGCAGUUGUAAAAUCAUAGGGAAUCUUUUUAAUCCUGAUCUUAACAUCAAUCAAAAUAACCACGAUUAUGAUUUUACCAUAAUCCAGCAGCCCUACAUGAUGAAACUCCUAAAAUGCUCCAAAAUUUAAUGAAGCCCACCAAAUUUUCACAAAUUGCUGAAAUGAAUAAUGAAACACACACACACACACAUUCUGACACACACAUACAUUCAUCAUGAAACUUAACAUUUAGAGAAUACAAAACUAUUCAGUGAAAUGCAAAAACUCUGCAUCUUCAGGAAAAAUAAUCUUAACAUUUGUGUGUUUUCUUUCUUUUUGGGGGAAAUGCUUUUGGGUUCCAUAAAGUAUAUUUAAUUUUUGGGUUAUGAAAUGCUCCAGUGCCUCGAAAAAUAUUUUUUAAUAUGUUUCAUGAUGCUACCGGGGAGACCAAAAAUAAUCAAACAAAAGCACAAACAGACAAAGAUGAUUCAAGCCAAAAAGAACCAUUUUGAACUUGUUUAUCUACUUUUUCACUUUGACCUUUCAAAGAAAAGUUUUGAUUUGAGAUGAGAUGAGAUUAACCUUUCUUUAUCUCGCUCUGGGUAAAUUUGCAGCAUUAACCGCAGCAAAGGAUUAGCACAGCAAACAUAGAAUAGGUACACUCUCAUUGUGCACACAGUGUGCAGAUAAUUUUUAAGUUAUAAGUUUAAGUUAACUUAUAACUUUACAAAAGAUGUUUUAUUUAUAAAAAGAGAAAAGCGAAAAAGAAGAGGAAAAACAGUUUCACUUUUUGUCAUUUUCAAACUUUAUUGCACAAACUUAGAUUUCAUUCUUGAUAUUUAUAACUCUGAAAACCUUUGACCUUUUGUUGGACAUUACAGCUUUAUUUUCUACAUGAGAACAUUAGUUUUGAAAAUGUUCAUGACUGUUAAAGAAAUUUGUAUUUUUUUCACCAUUGAAACUUUUUUUUACCUUUAGAAACUUUUUGUUUUUUUUAUGCUAUUCCCAAAAUUUUGACUCUGUCCAUGACACCAUGACCUUCUAUGCACAUUUUUGACCUAAUGGUUGACCUGACCUUAUUAGAAACCUUUUGACAUAUGAUUUGCUUUGUUUUCAAUAUUACAACUUCAGUCCCAGUUUUGUAAAACUGUUGUUUAAUUAACUUUUAUCUUGACAUCACGACCUUAAGAUCCCAAUUUUGAAUUUUUAUCCUUUUGACUCUGUACUUAACCUUCCUGAUAUAUUCUCAAACCCAUGACCAAAAUGGUCCUGCUAUCCAGCGUUCUUCACCAAAGGAACCGUGGUUAGGUACAAGUAUUGGGGACCUCCCUGACCCUCUGGAUGACCCCAGGGUUAUAGAGGAACUUCCACUGCAGUGGUGUCUAAUAAUGAUGAUGAUGAUGUCAGUAACACGAUCAGCUUCCUACAGAAAGCCUGAGUGGGCUCCACAGAUUUCCUUUAUGAAAAUAUGUUCGUCUGGGGCAGACAGAUGGAGGAGGAGGAGGAGGAGGAGGAGCCGCUCAGGAGCACUGCUUGGCGGAGGUUUAAAGCGCGCGUGCUUCAGUCAGUGCUGCAGGCAGAAAGAGAGAGAGAGAGCGAGAGAGAGACAGAGAGAGAGAGAGGGAGAGAGAGGGUUGUGGCUGUGGAUGGUGCUGCAGCGAGGUUGCGCAGCACUCCACCAGCGCUGCUCGGUUCGGGAGGAGGAGAUUCUGGCCAAUAAGGCGGAUAUUGCAGCUUUACCUUUUGCACAUGUCCGAUGUCGUCAUUGGGAAACCACUAUCGCUCUGCCUCGGAUCAUCCUGGAGGAAAGAUGGAUGAGCAGAGCUCGGGAGCCCGGACUGAUGCGGUAAGACACGCAGCCUUUUGAUUUGCAGCCCCGUCAUGUGGAGCUCUGUGCACGGCUGCAGGGACACAUUGAUCCGGUCCCUGCAGCCGUCGACUGGACCGCCUCACCUCCUUUUAAAACGUGUCUCUAACAUGACUGAAUCGAUCAAACAUACUAAGCUCGAUGAUGUGCAUCCUAUUUCUAAAUCUGUGCACGAAUAAAAACGCAGGAAAUCGUCCGGUUCGUGCAAAGCGCGUCGUCUUGUGUGUGUGGCUGCACACACAUCAGUGUCCGCUGCAGUCACGUCCCUGCCGGCUGAUGUUGGACUAAUGUGUCCCCGUCCUCAAACACUGACAUCAUCCUCCAUCAGCACCGAGGCUCCGGGCAGCACAUCCUCUUCAUGGAGACGAGCAGGAGCUGCUACUACGCAGUGUUUGCUAGCUCUGCGCCUUCUAUGCGACGGUUUGCUCGGUUUGAUGCGUUUCUCUGAGACCCGGGUUCAUCUCAGUCAGGCUGGACCAGGCCCUCUGCUGUGCGUCGGUGCAGCCCGACUGACGGUGCAUGGGCGGUUCUGGUUCUGUCGUGAGAAGAGGAGGAGGACCGGCAGGUUAGCCUAGCCAGCUGCUGCAGAGGUGUGCAGAGGCCACACACUGUGCACUCACACAUAAGAUUACAGAUAGAUAGAUAGAUAGAUAGAUAGAUAGAUAGAUAGAUAGAUAGAUAGAUAGAUAGAUAAUCUUGUAUGAAAAUUCACCAGAAUUGAAAUAACUGUCAGUUUUUAAUUAAUCCCUUCAUGGUUUCAUCUUCCAGAAGCAAUCUCAAUUAUUAAUCAAUUAAAUUAACAAAUCAUCCAUCUCUCUAUCCCUCAGAGGUCCCUGACAUUAGGCCACUUUUUUGCCCCAGUUUUUUCUGUGAUUGACAGACACUUUACUUUCUCACUCCAUGACCUUGCAACAAAUCAACCAAUCAUUUCAGCUCCAUGGUUGUGAAAUUCAGUGAGACCGAUAGUGAUGAGCUCUGCAGCACCCAGGAGGCCAAAUAUGAGAACACGUCUCUGAGGACAGGAUGAGUGAUGGAGGGAGGAAACUGCAGCAGAGGGGAAACACAACACAACCCCGCUGUACUAUACCGCCUAAGGCGGCAUUUAUGUUCGCGGCCAGCUGUGACUCAAAUGUAGCAGUUCACAUUGACGAUGCACUUUGCGUGUUACUGGAGGAAACCUUUAGAGGGCGAACAGCAAAGCCCAGGAUGUGUGCAACUACCGGAUGUGCAGAAUGUUAGCCAGCAGCUACCCCUGCUGCUGAGAAAUGAAGCUGAUGCAGGAGUACAAAUAGCUGCAAUUCCCAAAGUGUCCACUUUGGGCAGUCUUGCAACAGUAGGGAGAGCCCGUGAACACCCAAAUUUUAGAGUCUAAAUUUUUUCUGAGAAGCAACUUGAAGUCUUGAGAAAUGAAGCCACUGUGGACGUCCUAAAACUGCAGUUCCUGAAAUGUCCACUACAGGCUGUCUGCAACCCCCUGAAGCCACAUACACACUCAUUCUAAAAGACCCAACUUUACAGCAGAAUUACACAUGUUAGCAGCCUUGUAUAAAGAAGGAUUUUGGUCUGAACAGUUCAUUUCUGUGUUAUACAUUAGUUUUGAGGGCAUAAAGGUUGCAUAGUUGAAAGGUUUGCAUGAUUUGGGAAGUAGCUGAUGACUGACAGAUGAGCACAGUCUAGUUCCUGGCUGGGGGGCUAGAGACCUGCCUCAAUUUCACCUCUUUGCUUCAUGAUAGGUCAGCCAAGACUUAGGCUAAAUCAAGAAUACCUGGAUCUCUGUAUUCAGCCGUUAUUCGGAAAUAGUGUCAUCUCAUGAGCAAAAUUUGUGAGUCAUUGUGUCUUUUCAUCAAUCUUUAACAGUAAAAAGUCAACAGACGUGCACAGUUACAUCAGAAGUGUCUGUCCGCUUUGGCUAUGUGAUUGGUUGUCUUUAAUUCAAAAGUCUCCAAUAAAACAGACACUCUAACAUUGGGUAAUGAUUGUAUGGUACACUACUGUUUGAUUUUAAUGCAGGAUUUAAACAUUAUGAGGGAAAAAAGCUGACCAAAAGAGUGGUAUUUCCAGCCACUUUCAGGAUGCAAUGAGUCCCAGGAUGCCCUGCACAGUAAGGUGCGUGUUAGCAUUACACAAUUACAAUUAUUAUGAGUUUGAAUAUUUAACACGUAAAGUUGCAUUUAUACGUUUCCUUUUAAUGUCUGAGGCGGAGGCCCUCCUUCACUCUGCACUUGUGCCUACAGAGGUUUCAAGUGCACACGCGCCUGUGGAGGUUAGCUGUGUCCGCAACCAGGUUGUUCUUGGCUGAGUCAGCAUUUCUAACAAGGCAGCCACCGUGGAAAAGUCUCAAAAUUUGCUACAGAAUUCCUCCUGGGUGCUGUUGCUUAGACCCCAUCCAUGUUUUAUAUUUAUGGAUUUAGACACAUUUAAAGCCUGGUACAUGGAACAGUUUCUGUCGGAAUAGCCCAUUCCCCUUGACGAGUAAAUUUUUAAUAACUCAUACAUUAUGAUAAUGGAUGUUCUGAAGCAUCUACUUUCCUUGUUCCUAAGAUAUGUUGUAUUGAUUCUUCCUAACCAAGAAGUUCAAAGGAGAGAGAGAGAGCACUUAAAAACACUUGAAAAUGAGCACAAUUUAUUAAAACCACACAGAAUCCGCAGGUAAGACACUAGCAGAGCUAGCACCACCAGCCUUCAGUCCUGCUUGCAGAGUAGUGUAGUGCACAUGGCUGUGCUGGAUCUUCUCAAAUGGGUACAUAAUGAUUUAACCAGGUUAACCAGAUACUGCCUACAUACAACUUUAUCCUCAUUUUCUGAUUUAAAAUACUGCAAACCACACACUGCACAAGACAAGAUGAAUGAUGUCAUCUGAGCUUGUUAACGUCCAGGUAGAAGAGCGCUGAAGCACUGUGGCAGUAGUUCCAGCUAGAGGUGGAUGAGUGUUCACACACUGAGGAUUCACUCGGGCACAUUACGCUCUGGUAAUUCAUUCAUCAGCCAGUAUGAGAGUCACCUUUUUACUGUUUUCCUAGGAGGGAAGUUAAAGUUAAUCUGUGUUUUCCUCUUAUACUUUACAAAUCAAGGAACUGGUGUUUUCCUGCAGCUUUUUGUUGAGCAUCCCACUGUUUCCUCUGCUGCUGUAGGGGGGCGAGUCCAGACCUUAUGAUAGGGUUGAACCACUAUAGGACAGUGCAAUAUAGUUUGUAAUAUGCGAAUCUGUUUUAUUCUUUGUUUACAAAAAAAAUUCAAGAGUGAAAUCCAUUUUGAAAUCAUUGUUUUACUGGACCAAUACAUAAAAAUGCGUACUACAUUUUUACAUUAUUUGCUUAGAAAUUUAUACUCAGUGAAUAUAAGACAGUUUUUUAAUGUAUGAUAUGAGUAUUUCUGUAUAUAAAUAAAUUCAUAUGAUUUCAUAUUGCUCAAUAUUAAAUCGAAUUUGAUAUUGAAUCAAAUUGUGGCCUAAAAAUUGAAUUGUGAGGGUCUUCAUUUAAUUUUACCAAAUUUAUUUAACUAAUCGCGCCUAAAAUUGGAUCCCCGCUCAUGAUUUAGACUAAACUGUCUUGUUAAGGACAGACGCAGUGCUAACACAGAAGCAGUAAGUAUUGUCCUUCUGCACAAGAUUCAAGUCCAGAGCUGAUGCAUGAAAUAGUGAGACUGCCUUUCGUGCAUCUUCCCCGUCUGCAAAUUGAGGCUUGGAGGGAGCUGAGUCUGCAGCACGUGUGACCUCCAUGAGAUCUAGAGCUCAUGUCCUGCUGUCACAUUCAUUUAAUUUUCAAUAAAUUAUCAUCAUGAUCCCCCUCUUGCUUUUUGCAGAAAUGCUGCUAGAGGAGCAGCGACUAAAAACUGUUCAGCGUCAGUGACUGUUGAGUUAAAUUGACCUAAAAAAUGUGUGUCCGAUGUUGUUCAUUAUAAAAAGUAGGGAGCCGGCGUCUAGCGCUUCCAAUUUCCACCCUUUGAUGCAGGAUAUGAAGCUUUAUCUCCCUUUAUGAGUCAUCUUCUCAUGGUUGGCAUGUAUUUUUAUUUUAUUUGCAUAAGUCUUGCAGCAUUAGUUUGGAAACUGUGAUGAUCACAGGGUAGUUCAUCAAGAGGUUGAUGUGACAGGAAAUAAGGGCAGCAUGCACAAGAACCGUAUUACAACAUGCAGCAUGGGAAAUAAAUUAAAUAUCAAACAAAAUUGCAAGUCAGGAUAAGUAAGUUGUUUUUUUCGAUUAUUCAAAUCAGUGAUUCAGAGUAAAAGAAAUGAAAAUCUCAAUUUUCUCCAGCUGCAGUUUUCUGCCUCAAAUUAAGGAAAACAUAAGAUUUUCCCGUGGCCAACAAGAACAGCCUGAUUAUUUCCAUGUGAAGAAACAGGCUGCAAAAAAAAACCAAAGAAACAAUUCCAAGUCAAAUCAAAUCAGUGCUGCAGUUAUAAUGCCGCGUUUUUCUUGCAUGAAUUCACGAUACAUGUGCACCCUCUCACAUCAGUCACCUGUGCAGGUUUUCCUUCCUCAGAUUUUGCCUCUGGGGAACCAUCCAUGACAUUGGAUAUGAUGUAAGCUUACAGUAAACACAAUGAGCCAGGGUAACCUCAUUUGACAGAGAUCAGCACAAUGAAAUCAGCUCUGAUGAUGAGAGGGGAGCCGACCGCUGGAAGUGAAACAUGUUGAACUCACUCUGAGGCGACAGGGAACAUCAAUCUAAUAUUAACUUUCUGUCUGAUUUGAAAUCCUCGUUUUAGUGCUGGUGGUUUUGCUUCAGAGCUGGAUAAAACCUCUGUGGGAUUUGCAGAAACAUAUUUCAUGAGAUAAAAUCAGGCUUUUUGACCUGUUUGUGUCAUAAGUUUGGUCAGUGUCAGGGACUCCUGUGCUUGAUUGCAAUCAGUUACGCAAUAGCCCGCCAAAAAAUCAAAUUACAGACCUCUCUGUAUCAAUUGGAGUUCUGUAUCUAAUAAUUAUGAUUAAGCAUCUUAUGAUGAGAUCUCAUAAUUACGAAAUCUUAAUCUGAGUGUGGCAGCUGCAGCAUGCAUGUGCUGGAUUACCAAACAUAUGAAUCAGAUUGCAGAGUGUUGGAUGCUAGAUCAUUCUUUAAAUCCCUGUCGCUGUUUUAAAUUAUUUUAUGCCAAGGUUUUAAGGAAUAUAUUCAUCGAAGUUCACAGCCUCAUCAUCUUCCUUCUGUCCCACCUAAAAUAAAACAGUCAAAGUCAGGGGCCUCUGCAGGCCUGGAGCACUUUCAACCAGGAAUAUUCCCAUUGAAAUGGAAAAUUUGGUUUUCCAAGAGUUCUGGUUGGGAUGGCAGAAGUUGUAUCAGGCAGUGAAAGAUGUGCAUUGGCUGGUGAAAUAAUCCUCAUCCUGAUUUUGUAAAACUCUGCUUAAAGAAAACUCAAACCAAGAUGAAAAGGCAAAAAAAGCGUUUGAGUUUUGAAUUGCAGCUUUAUUGUGGCAGCUGCACUUUCAGUUUGUGUUUUUGAUUUAGCAUCAUUUAUUUGUAGAGUGUUGCUGUCAGUGCAUAUUCUUUUAUCUGCUGUGUGUUUCUGUAAUAAGGACCUGAGCACCAAGCGGUGUGAAGACUUUAUUGGGACUCCUGAGAUCAUUAUACAGUUUUAUUAUUCUGUUUUCUUUUCUGUUUUGGGGGCCUUGAUAUGCCCAAGAAGUCAUGUUUAUAUGCACAGUUCAGUGGAGCUACUUGAUUAGGUGAUUUAACUGGGCUAUUGUCUCAGUUAACAAGCUCUGGAUGAGAAUCAAAUUAUUGAAAGAAGCACGUCCAUCUACACCACAGAAGGUGGUAACGUGCUCCCUUUUAGCUUGUUACAACUUGCUUAUCUCCAAGUUGACCCAUUAUGUACCAGAGGUGUAAACAAAACAUAGAGGAGAAAAUAUGUUGGUCUGACAAUGAGAAGUUUGAUUUAGUGCAAUUUUCGUGGAACUUAUGCGUUUACCCACCAAACAUCGGAUGUUAAAGAGACGUGCAGAUCAAGUCAGUAUUGGGUCGGCCUGUCAAAGACCACAUCUAGAAGUCAGUGCGACGUGCAAAAUAGGUUAGAAAUUUCGACGUCCAAAUUGAACCUUUUUUAGACGUCACUCUGAUGUUUAGAAUUUGGACGUCAUCUGAAGACCAAAUCUAGACGUAGGCUCAACGUGCAAAAUGGUUCCAAGAUUUAGACAUCAUUAUUGGACCUCUUUUAGUGAUGAAAUGAUGUCCACAUUUGUACCUUAAAAAAUAUGUUAAAUAGAUGUCAUUUCGACGUUGCAUUGCACAGUUGGUACAUGAAAAGUCCAGUUUCAGUCAAACUAUAGCAAUAAAUCAAUUAUCUGAACAACAUGUAAAUAUACUGAGUGACUUCUUCAUUGACGACCACACCCCCUUUCCAUGGGCCACUCGCCGCUACAGAAACCAUUGUAGUGCCACAGUGUCAACAGGCUGAGGGGAAUCGUGUAAAAUCAGGUUGUCCCCAGUUGAACUUUUGUUUUUAGCCAAUCAUAGUCAGGAGUUUUACAGCUGCAUUAAAAGCAUAAAUAAUUCAAUUUUCUGUUCCUCACUAAAAUUUGCUGACAAAUUUGAUAUAGCCUUUAAUUAAUAAAAAAUGCAAUCUAAUUCAAUCCAAAUCUCAAACUGACUGGAAUACUUACACAGUAAUGUUCCUAAAAUGCUGUUUUGACAUCAGCCCAUGUGUGGUACUGGUAGAACAGGAACAUACUUUGUGGUUCAUGAGGCAUUAUGUAAUGAAUCUAUAAAAUAUAUGAGUCUCACUGUUUGAGCUGAAUCACUGAAAUAAAUCAACUUUUUGAUGUUUUCAUUUGUUGAGAUGCACCUCUAUAUAAUAUGUGUGAAUUACUGUCACAGCAGCAGAAUGACAGACUGAUGUAUUACAGAGCACAGGCCGUAUAUAAGAAAUGCUGCUGAAUGGCCUCAUGGCUGCAGAUUUAUCCUCUCUGUGCCUCGUUCAUCAGAAUCGUUGAAGAGACUCGGGAGGCAAUCCUGCAAAUGGAUGCGGGAAAGAGAACAGGAAGCUGCCUUUAUAGAGCUGAAGAGUCAGCUCGCCUGCUCACAUGUAAUGGCACACUUCAGUCAAGAGGAGAGUGAGGAUACUCCAGAGGAAUCAGGACAAUCAGGGGCUGAAAGCAAACAGAGAGAGGACAAAUAUGGACGUGUAGAGCUUCUAUGACACAGGAAUGAUCAGAAACUUACUUUCACUCAGAUAUGUGAAAAAUGCUGUUUUUCCAUACAUGGAAGAAUAUAUUACAGUUUAUUAGAUACUGAAUAGCAAAUAACGAGACAACAUCCAUAACGCUGAUAAAUGAAAGGUACCAUAUAAACUUAAAAGGAAGACAGCUACAGCCAAGGUCUACCGCCUAAUUUAGCUCAUUUUAACAAACUCCAGCCCAAGCAUUAUUCUUUAUGAAAGUAACUGAUCAGAAAGACCAUUUGGUUUUGUACAUAGACUGUAUAUACUAUGGACAACUUGGUUCCGCCAUCCGCCAGUAUACAGAUUUGAAGCCAAAAAGCUCUCGGUAAUUCCGCGUUUUCUCACCAUUUCCUGAAACCAACAUUGCGCAGUAGCGUUGUACGCAUUUGACAGGAGAGUCGCCGAGAGUCGCCGUGAUGAUGCUCGGCUCAAAUCAAAUCAUGUCAACAUCGCAAGCAGGAGGGGAAAAAAUUUAUGUUCUGUGUAAUACAUUUCUUAAGUUUGUCCACAGCUCCAUAAGCUUUACAGGAGGAGACGGGAUUUAUGACCUAUACUGCAGACGCUGUCCAUAUUAUAUACAGUCUAUGGUUUUGUACUAUUAUUAAACAUGCUUAAAUGUUUAAUCAUUUACAAAUCUGCAUCAUCAUGUUAUUUCUGCAAAUUUAAGACCUACUAAUUACAAGAAACAUCCGUUUUGUUCAGAUUCAUACUGCUGAAUUAGCUAAAGAGAGGCUUCUGUGUAACGUAACAGUGAAACUGAGACUUACCACAAAUAGAUGAAUGAGAUUUCCACCCGCAGACUGAUGAUGUAAACUCUCAAUAAUGGUGGGUUCUUUGCAGACACAUUCAGAGCAGGGAAUUUGUCUUCCCUUUUCCCCUUAAACACCUUGAGCAUAGCUGGCGGCGCCACAUGUCUAAAAAUUAAGCUGUUUUUAUUCUUAUUUUUUGUUAUGAUGAAAAAGAGAGUACAAAUACCUCCAUGAUAACACUGUUUUGAUGUGGGCGGGGUUUAGGGACAACACUGAGUCUGACUCCAACUCCUCUGGCUUGGAUUAAAGGACCUGAAUAUGACAGUUUCAUAUCCUCUCAGGCUUGACAGGCCCAAAUUAUCAGACCCUGGACUAACAGCUUCUUUAUCUGCAGCAUUGUGGGUCAGCGAGCACUCACAAAGAUCAGCCCUCCGACUGAAUGAUAAUGGAGCUUGCUACCCUUUCUUAGCGUUUUGCUAAGUAUCAGUGCCUGUCUCUCUGACACAGUGUGGUUAGUCACCUGACUCCCCCUGCCAGCUGUAUCAGCAGGAGAGUGAGAGAGAAAGAGAGAGAGUGACAUAUAACCUAAUUCCUGCUGGGAGCAACACAGUGGAAAUCAUUGUCCUUUUUCCUGCUCUGACCUUGUUGCUCUCUGUUGUUUUGAAUGCAUUAUCAUCUAACAGCUUUUCAAAGGAGGCAAACAUGUUUUUACAAGCAUUGCAUAAUUCUACAUCUUUUUAAUGAUUCCCUUCACAGCAUGGGUUGUGUUGUCUUGGUACACUUUGGUGCACUUAAAGUACUGUCUUACAAACAGCAGGCAUGUAUGGCACUUAAAUCUUGUAUAAAGAUGAGCACUCAUGUGACUGAUAUCGGGUCUCAUUCAUGAAACGUGAGCAAAACAAUUUUGUGUGUAAAUCAUGAGCUAAACCGAAUUUAAAGGCCGAUCAUCAAUAUUUUAGUCAUUCUGAUUUGUUCAUAGCCAGUAACAAACUCUAAACCUGCCUCUGAACACAAAUGGAGAGAAAUUCUGCUGGUAAUAAUCAUAAAUCAAUAUUUUAAUUCAUAUUGUGAUCGGUCAUUGACUUUGCUGAUGAGUGAAAACAAGGAUGAGCGUUAGGAGGGCAUGGUAAUAGAAUCGGUCUAGAGAAGACACAGUGUUGAUGUUUACACCAUAAUGGAGGACGAAGACAGAGACCUACACUUUGAAGACAGUUUUUACAUUUAUCUCAGUGAUACAGACAGAUGUGUGGACUUAUGUACUGUUGUUGUCUUGAAAAUAAUCUUCAUUCUUUAAACUCGUUUAUAUCCAUCCUGGUUCGUGGCACUCUUUACAGGAGGCACGAUUCAAACAUCAACUCCCCUGCCUGCAUGUUCGCUGCUAAUUUUCCAGACGCGUGUUCUCACCUCGGCUCAGACUGGCUUCUUGCUCCGUCAGGAAAGUGUCAGGGUGAAUAUUUAGCUGUUUCACACAUGCAGCACACAUCCUGAAAAUUUUGUGAAGUUUUCAGGAGUUUUUUGCAUGUGACAUUUUUUUUUUUUUUGCACAAGUGACAUUUGCAUCCUCACUAUUGGACCUCAAAUUCCUCCACAACCUCAGCAAACUAGAUCUAUUGCCGAUGUAUAGCAGCACUGACAUAGAGGAGGGUGUUCUAGAUGACAUGUUCAACUGGCAUCUCAAAUUUGAUGAAUAUUGCAGUGUAGAAAAAUAUGGGAAUGUAUACCAUAUAGAUGCAGUAUGUUCUCGCUGAUCAGAAACUGUAAGAUUCUCAGUGAUAUACUAUAUAUCGUUUCAAUCUUUGUGUCUGUGUGUCAAGCCCUCUGAAAACUGCACAAGAACAAAAGAACUUUACUGAUAAACACAAAUGACUGACUAAUCACCAGUCAUUUCUGUCAAUGUUUAAAACAAUGUUUAAUCUACGUCACAAGUCCUGUCACCAUCUUUUCCUGCAUAUUAUUUUCACAUCAGUAGAAGCACUUUAGGUGUGGAUGUGAAAUCAAACACUGUGGUUCUGUUAGAUUUUCCACACAUGCCCCACAACGAACUGUGAACCAAGACGAGAAAGCUUUCUCACUAAAGCUUUUCUGUGUAUCUUACAGUGGUGGCAUUGUGACUUGUGUGCAUGUUUACAUUCUACGGUCAUGUGACAUGCAGACACUGUCUACACAGAGGUCAGUUUCUCUGUGUGUUAAAUGUGGAGCUACAUUACAGUAAUUUCAGAGCGACAUUGACUUAGAUUAAUCCUCAAGGACGGAAGAACGGUCACAGCAGGUCAUGUUGCAGGUCAUGUGAUUAACAUAUCAGGUGCUGCAGUGUGACAAUUUCUUGUGCAUGUUUGCAAUAGAGAUACUUAAAUGCUUUAUUCAGGCCUGAUUAGGAUGAUAGCAUUGAAAUUGUGUUUCCAAAAUUGUUAUUUUAAAAUUUAGAUUUCUGUUAUUUCUAGUGGUUCACAUAAAAGUUGCAAAUUUUCAUUCAGAAUCUAUUCGUAGACCUGCAGUUAGUGACCCUGGGAGAGGCCCUGUCUUUGGUCUAUGUUGUCUGUGCUUUCUCACAUUUGAUAGUGACAAUUUAGAGAAGGUCUUAAACUUAAUUCAGACAUGUUCAGAUGACACUUAAAAAUAAAAAAAACUGUUUGAUAAACCUUUUCAUGGUCAGAUUUAUCUUUCGAUUUCUGUAAGUGUGCUGGCCACAAAACUGAGAUGCAGUUCCAGUCUAAUAGAUUUGAUUUCUCCCUGUCUGCCCAUCGUUGAAUGACAGGUGCUGCAGAAAAGAGUUUUAGUUGAAUGUCUUUCUUUAGGUUGCCUGUCAUUGUGGGUAGUAGGAAUAAAAACAGCAGCAGCACUUUAACUGCCUGUGAAACCACUUUCCAAUCCCCCGCUCUCUCUUUAGUUGGCUGUUAUUCAACUCUGGAGCAGACCUCCAGCACCUCUGAUUUUUAAAAAUCGAGAUUUGACCCUUCAGCUGCCUGUAGGUCAGGAUGGUUUGAAGUGUGAGACCCGACACAGCGUCUGAAUACAGGGUAAGACAAUAACAUGUUAUACCAAAGUGUCAGAUAUAAAGGGGCAGCCGGAGUGGUGCUGAAUUUUAGAGUCAGGGGAGGGGACGUCUAGAGGCGAUGAAUUAGUUUUGCUGGAGAGUCAGACAUUUUCUACGGUGUUGAUUGCCAAUGGUGCAGUGUUGCAGUGCUCCUCAAGCUCUGCUCAAUAGAAAUUUCCCACAAUGCACCACAAAACAGAGCUCAGUGCUCACUGACCAGAAGUAACACAGAUUCACAUCUUCAGAUAAGCGACUUCCAUUACUCUGGAGCAUUGAGGGACCAGUCUGACGCUCUGAGCAGCCUCUUUUUUUAACGUUUCAGGUGUUAUAAAUCAGACUUGACCUAUUUCACAAAAUAUGUAAAAUACAUACAUUACCAUCAGCAUAAGGAUUAUGCUGUCAGUGAUGCCAUGUGUAAACCCUCUGAAGCUCCCUUGGGGUAUUUGUAGCAGAGCUGACAGACGGAGUGUGAAAGCAGAGUAACACUGGCUGCCUGCACACAUUUGGGACUGUAAGGUUGUAGGCACUUAAAAAAUACAUUUCAAAGUCUUAGAAAGCAGAAACAUCUUUCAGAGUUAUUUCCUGUGUCUUUAUCCAAGGGUCAAGAUAGAAAAGUUACGUCAUGUCUCCACCAGGCAUUGAAGUAUUGUUGCUUUUAAGAUGAAGUGAGAGUUGGAUUAGUUCUUGUUUGUAAAGCUGCGUGAUACGGUCUCAAAAUUACAUCCCAGCACACCCCAAAUUAUUGUUUCAAUUGGUGUGAAACUGCUACCGCUAUUUCUGGCAUGCGUGCACUACAGUGGUUAGUGUGGCUAAGCAAUCUGCAACAGCUAGCCAACAAAUCAAUAAAAUAAAUGGAUUGAUACUUAAUUGAUUCCAAGGGAAACUUUGGAAAUCAUGCUGUAAAUUCAUAAACCAUGUAAAUUCAUCACCUGCCUUUGUAUAUUUCAUCAUCUUGUGAUUGGAUUGCUAGAACAAGUAAAACCACACACAAACAUAAACAUUUGUGCUUCCAAAGUUGUCCUCCAAAAAAAUUUUCUUUUCUAAAGCGUCUGUGAUUUUAAACAUAAAUGUUAACUAGAAAGUGGCUGAAUGCUAAUGCCAGCUAUGGGACAGGCGUCAGUAAAAGACCAGCCUCUGAUUAUUUUCCCAUGAAGUCUGCUUGCAGAGGAGAAAAUCUGUCAAACCAGCCGGCAGUCGUGGUAAACCGUUCCCAUCCCUCCUGUCUCUCACCCUGGCAUAGAUUUCUGUUGCUCUUGGAUGUCGUAAAAUGGCAGGCUGCAUGCUGUGAAUCCUUUUGCAUAUUUUGAGCCCCGGCUCAAACAUGUUACUCUGACACAGCAGGUGCUGGCUGAUGAGUUAAAUGUUAUGAGAUCUGCAAAACUGUAAUAAAAUGAGUUUUAAUCAGGACCAUUUCCAUCUCAGAGAAUGAAUUACUUGCAUGUGUUAAGUUAUGUUAGUGAUAUGGCUCUGUUUAAAGAGCUAUGAGACAGUGAGAGAGAGCCAAGGCAGGGAGAUCAGCAGCAAAGACCCCAGAGAACAGACCAUAUCACGCUGGUAAAAUCUUACACAGCACGGUAAGGUGGAGCUGGGUUACAAAGUGGUUUGCAGAGGAAGGAAGAGCAGGCAGGCUGACUAUGAUAAAUAUGUUGAACAUCUUUGCAUUUGGUGUUGGAUGCAUUGACCUAAUCAGCUGAGCUGUGAGCUGAUACGGGCUGGCAUUAGAAUCAGCAGAUGUACUGUGGGCUGAGUUUGAAAUAUAUGGCCUGUCUGAACCACAAGUCUCAGAAAUAUGGAAACAGUCUCAAAUUGGAGGUGGUUUUUGAUACCAAAGCCUUCUUGUGUGUGAAGUUCAGUACUGCAGAUUAGUGUCUUCUCAUUUUGGAUAUCUGUUUUUCCAAUCAAAUAUAUAUUGAUGAUUAAAGAAAUACUCCCCCCCUUUCUGUAACAUCCAGAGACUUGAUUCACCCCCCCAUCAUGUUUCUGUUUACGGUCACUCUGAGGCUUGUCUUUGUCUCUGUACUUCCAGUAAAUUUAUAGCAGGUUACGUCUCAUGGCUGCCGGAAACUGUAACCAGCUCUGACAGCAGAGAUAUGUUUCAUGCCUCUAUGUGGCGAUUAAAGUGAAUAAUCACUCGGUGAGGAGGAAGUUUGGAUCUCUUAUUUUCAGAAAAGGAAGACACUUGGACCUUAUCUGUGACAGUGGAGUGUCUGUUCUGAGUUAUGUACAGUUAUAUAAGCUAUUUACAGCCUAAUAAGAUAAGACAACAGGCCUGCAAGCACUGUGCAUGCUAAUCUAAAAAUAUUUAGCACAGCUGCUGAUGGGCAGAGAUCAUCAAAGCUGCAAACAGAGAUAAAGAAUGAGUCCCUUAGAAAACAGAGAAUUGGAGAUACUGUUUGCUCUGAGGCACAUUAAUGAUGUCCCAAAACAGUUCAGCGAUUUAUUAAUGUCAUUUGAAAAACUGGUCAAGUGCAAAUGUCUUUUUUGACAAGACACUGACGUCAAGUCAUUAGUACCAGAUACGAGACUUUGAUGUUUUCAUAAGAUAGUCCAGGGGACUUUCUUGGAUCUGGGGUGAAAUAAUGAAGUUGUUGCACUUUAGUUUGGUUCACUUCCAUGCUGCACUUGAUCUAAUUUUGGGAUCUACACCAUAGAUGGAAAAAAUCAAAGACAGAGAUAGGGCUGUGUGUCGACUUUGUAUGAGGCAGCUGUCUUACAUGUCAACUCCAGACUUACCUGAUGGCUCACCACUUAUGUGAAGUGGCGGUCCUGGAGGCAACACCAACAAGUGUUCAGCCCAUGAGCCUUUCUUAGGGCAGGCACCAAUAAGACUCCAAGAUUUAGUUAAAUUAUAUUUAUAUCUUAACUUGAUCUCAUAAUUUCUUCAGUAUUAUUUUUGACUUCUCUUUUUCUAUAUAUUUUUUUCAUUCUCUUGUGUUCGAUGUGUUGUCCAGAUUCCAGAUUGUCUCCUCUGGUUCCUGUGUGUUUGCUUUCAGUCCUGUAGGCUGUAAUGUUGUAGUCAUAGGCAGUUGAAAAGAUCAACAGCGGUUCUUCACAAGACAUACUUUGUAAUGUCACUUUUUGGAAAGAAUUAUGCAGUUUAGAGUUUUGCAGCUCAAAUGCUCAGUGAUGGAGUCGUGCACAGGAUUUCUGUGUAAUGAGAAUCCAGUUCAGGGCGGAGUGAUCAGUGAUGACUGAACGUUCCUUUCUCCAGAUGGUAAUGCCAUUUAUCCAAAGCCCAGAUUAUGAUGGAAAUCUGGAGCUGUGAUUGAAGACGUUUCAAGGGACCUGGAUGUUUUGAUGCAGAAAUAUUGACUGAAGCUUAAUCGUAUAAAACUGCAGAGAGGAAUGUUGUAUAAUGCAUCAGAAUUUAGGAAGCUUCAGCCCUGCUGGGAAAGUAGUAUGGUACAUUGUGUCCACAUUUGCAUUUCAAACAGGAUGGAUGAAAUGGUACAGGCAGAGGCGCCACACUGGUGUGGAAAGAGGACUGAGCAUACAGGGCCCUCAUGUUAUUGGGGCUCACAGUGAUAAUUAAUGUAGGUAGAGACCCGUGGAAAAUGUCUUCAUACAGAGCCCAUAUUUCUGCGCAAAACCUCGAGGUACAGAGUCUGUGAUGUUCAGCGUACUUGUAAGUUAAGUAAGUUUCCUUGAAGGCUGAGCCAAUCCAGUAUAAUCAGGAUAGCUGUGGACUCCAAAAUGGUCAUCUUUAAGAGUAGGAGAGUUGGAUCAACGCCUUGAGAUGUAUUGAUGUGCAACCUUGACUAGAAGAAGGAAGAUGUCCAUCAGAUUACUACUAAACACUCCUCUUUGGUAGUGAAAGGAGACCUGUAUCAUUGUUUUCAUUCUUUCAGUCUGGGACACUUAAAAACUGGUUUAGCAUGAGUUGCAGAUUAAAAUAAAAUGUUAUUCAUCUCAUACUGGCAUUAACAAAAACCUUCAGUAGGGUUAAGUCAGGUCCAGUGGUCCAAAUCAGAAUGAAUGUUUAAAAUGGUGAAUGUUCAGUAAAGAAUCUAAAGAUAAUGGCAUUCGAGAGUUUAUCACAACUUUCUAUCAGGGACCAACCAAAUUAUAUUUUUUUGUGAUAAUUUCAUCUGGAACUUUGAGUAUGAAUCAAGUGUGGAGUGAUGAACUGAUUCCAGUGGUUUGAAAUCAGAAGUAUCAGCAUGUCUGUGGAAAAUAUCAGAAAAACCCAGGACUGAAAGAGAGAAUGCUUCAUUUACACUUUUCUUACAGCCGAGAAGAGUAUCCGAUCUUUUACUGUAUGGAGAAACAUUUUUUUGUGGAAGCCUAGGGUAAGAUUUUGAACAUGCUGUUUGAGUUAACAUGAACCGACUAAUAUUUCAAUGAUAUUUCAGCAGAUAUAAGUGGGUGAGAAAAGAAGAAAAGAUCUUGAGAGAUCUCAUGGCCUUCUGUUGACACUUUGAUCAGCCUUCAGUUGCUUAUCCUAAACGGCUUGGAUGUUUGAGAAUGAAUCGUUUCAAAACCUGAUCUGUUUCACAUCAGGUGUGUGUUGACUGUGUCGUUUAAACUAUUAGCAGAAUACAGCUCUUAUAAGGGGAAUUGAAUUUGCUCCUGCUAUGACAUGACAAAUGGAGUGAUGUGUGUAUGCAUGCAUGCAAAACCAUUCCCACUCCUCGCGCAAAUUUCCCGUCUUCCUGAAUUAUUGAGGUUUUACUUUGGUGUUACAGAGUCAAAGGUUAGCGUCAGACACGCCAACUGCUCUGUUGUUGGUUGUAAAAACCAACAGAAAUGUCUGAAUUUUGCCCAGCACCUCUGGACCACAGGAAACAGAGGCUGCUCUUGAUUUUAACCACACGCUGGCUACAACAACAAAGGCAGACCGGGAUGUACAAAUCAUGUCUAUCUUUAUAGACUUGAGAAGAAAAGACAAGGAAGUAAGAAUAACCCUUAAAGUUGAUCUACCACUCAGAGAUACUGUUGAAACUAUAACAGUUUCCUCCAUCAUUUCAACAGUUUCCUCAUCCUGUUCAGGGUUGGAUUCUGAAUCGUAAGAGUAGCGUCCUUGAGUAGGUUCUUCUGGAGGACUCGCCACUUCUAUUUUGGUGUUUUUUGGCCUUUGCAUCUGUCUACCCUAGACCCUUUCCCCUCGAACAUGUAGGCAGCCAAUCAGCACAGUGCCCCACUAUCGAAUCAUCUCCCCCCACUCAAAUCACAGUGUUGAGGUAAGACGCUGAUAAGCUGCAGAGCUUCCACAGAAGCUGGAUUUGUGACUUGAUUUGCAACUGAAUUCAAAAUCUUGCUUCAGAGGUGACAUGGUCAAAGAUACUGUAUGUUAUAGACAGCUCAAAUACCAUCCUGUUGAGCCUUUAAAACAUGUGUGUGCUGAUUGUAUGACCUGGAGCAGGGCUGUAACUUUUUCUUAAGUUGUUGGAUUUGAUCAUAGCCUUCACUGAACCAUAACUGAACUUUGGCUGUUGUGCUCUUUAAGAUAAUAUUUACAAAUGUGUUUUGGCUGCAAUUGCCACAGGAUGUAGGGAAGACAUCAGCCAUGUCUGCGCCAUAAUCAUCCUCCAUCUGCUGUCGUCUUAGCAUCUGCUCGACCAGUUGUUCAUCUGGGUCAGCCCUCUCUCCUGAGGUGGACUCGCACAGGUUUCAGCAGCUUGUAUUUUUUUUAAUUAGCAUUAUGACAGGACUUCACUUCUUUGUGAUUCUGGUAUUUUACUCAUGGGUUACUUUUACAAACCUUUCUUUGAACUUAAAAACAUUUUUGUUUUGAGAAACAGAUGUCGAUAAAUAUUUAAUAUUCAGUUAACACCUUAAAGUGAUAUUUUUCAAUAUACAUUUUUUUUAUUUCACCCAAUUUCCUCCCUUCACUCUGGCUGUUCAUGACAAAUCUCACCACUCAGCUGUGUCUCUUUGACAUGCACACUGGCUGUCACUUUACAUCUGCUGCCUUUGAAAGGAUAUGUUAAAUUCAUGCAGAUGGGAAAUGCAGUCAGUGAGAUCAGAGGCACCAAACAGCAUAAUUUAUCAUUCACUAAGCUACAAUUCAAAAGUGACUUUCAGCAAUUAAAAGCUCUUGAAUGUGUUUUGCUGAUCUUCCACUCAACAAAAUGUCCAAUUUAUCAUGUAAAAAGGGUGACACAUUUUUCUCCAAGGACUAAAAAGUUGAACAAGUCAAAACUUUCAAAGCACUUUCAGAGUUAGGCCUGAAGUGCACAGGUACAAAGUGAUAGCAGCCUGCUCAGUGCCCCCCAUCUCCAGCAAAGGUUGGAUUAAGAACAAUGGUCAUGCUUGGUCAGGGCAGGAGUCAGCAUUUCCACUUUUCUAACAAGUAUCUUUGGGCUUUAGAGCACUUCCUCAGAAACAAAUGGGCAACAUCAUAAUACCUACAUGUUUUUGUCUAUGACUUAGCAUAGAAACUGAACCCAAAAACAUGAAAAAGAUACACAUUUUCACCACCCCACACAUUCACCCUUGGGUAAGUUAAGGUCACACAGUCAAACUUAGCCCAUAGUACAUGAACUUAUCAGAGCCCCACCUCUACCCCACCUUAUCACACUGUGUCAAAUUUUGCUAGUGUCGUCUGGACUCUCACUGAAGUCUGCUCUGUUCUGUACCCCCUGGGGGGCUUUUUCUGCUGCUCUCCCUGCCUUGGCUUUUCAUGUAUGUACAUGAAAUGGGGGAACCUCAAACUUUUUGUAUUCCACGUUCACACGUGGAAAGGCAGGAAGUUCUCAGAACAGAGCCAAAUAUGCCUUAUUACUGAAAAAUAAUUAAUUCAAUCAGGACAAAGUGGUCCUGACUGAAUUUAAUUUUUCUCCCAUCUAGGCAAGACAUUCUUGUAACCCUACAACAUGAAAGCCAGUUUACUUCUGCUGUUUGCACUUGAUUUAAAGAGCAAUUCAAGACCUGUAAAAUUUAUUUAUAACAUUGGAUAGUUGGCUUAAUUGUUGCAUUGUAGACAAUAAAGCACUCUUAAAAACCUUAACUUUUCCAGUAACUCAGUUGGAGAAUAGAGCCUCUGCUAGAUGCCGUCAUUGGGAUCAGAUCAUGAAUUUAUAUUUGGCUGUACUUUUGAUGCUGCUGCAACUCUUAAUGACAGUGUAAAGUCAAAACUCAUCAGAGGAACUUAUUUUAGCCUUCAAUGAAUGUCUUGGCUCAGAGAGGGUGGAAAAAUAGGAGAAGCAUCUUAGAAUAGAUAUUUCUUUCUUUUUUCAAAGUUUAGUAACCCCAUGAGAAUCAGGAGUGUCUAAAUGAGAAAGCUGAGAAAGCUUGAAGCACAGGUCUGAAAACUCACACAUGGAUCCCCCCCUUUUUCUUAUCAAGGCAAACAGUUUAAGUGAUGAAAGAUGAAAAUUAAACCAUGUGCUGGUUAAAACUUUACUAUUUAUGAGGCAAGAAUCACACCAUGAUUUACAUCAUCACUCCACAAAUGUGCAACCUCUGAAUUUUCCUGACUAUAACAUUUUGUAUUCUCACUUUGGAUCACCCAGACUUCUUGCAAAAAUUUAACUCAGGCACUGAGACAUCAAAAUUCUGAGCACAGUUGGAUGGAAAUUUUGGCCAUUUGCAUCCAAACGUGCAGCUAACCCUCAAACUUGUGGGAAAUUUUCCCAGGUUUGUAUAAAAACACCAAACCGUAGAAUUUCUUUAAUGGUUUGUGAAAAGCCUGUAUAUGACGUGUUCUGAUCGGACAGUUCAAGUAUCUGCAUCUAUAAGCUUUACAACUGUCCUCAUCCUGAGUUUAAAAUUUUUAUGUACAUAUGGAAAAACUUGUUGGCUCAUGGUGAUCACUCUCAGAGAAUCACUGGACUUCAUUUUCAAUCAUGACGUUUUUGUUCUACGUUGAACCUGCCAGUUUGAUGUGUUGCACAACUCAUGCAAACAUGUUAUGCUGAAAAGUGAAUGUCAAAGGCUGACUUGCUUCCUCUUACAUCUAAUAUCUCAUGCAUGCAUGGUUGAUGUAAUCACUUUGUAUUUGCUUGAUGAAUUUCACUGACGGAUAUUCUUUGUGUACCCCUCCAGGCCUCAUCAACAUUAAAGCAACUUCAUGGAGAAAACUAGAGGAGUCCCUUUAAGAUGACACGCACAGACCCGCCUGACAUACUGGUAUCAACUGUGCAUCAAGAUAUAAAAGUGGUCCCCAUUUCUUCACACUAUAAGUCCCUGAAACCCUCCAAACAAUGUGAUUCCAGAAAUUACAGCACACUGGAGGACAGAAAGAGCAAAGUUAACAAGAGGCACUGCCGCACCUUUGACUAUAGGUCACUGGAGUACCCCAAACCCAACAAAUACUCAAUGGAGUCCCCUUACAGAAAGGCCGAUAGGCAUGCAGCCAACCCAGAGGUCGCCUGGAAUGCCUUAGGUCGCCAACAAAGAUAUCGUUUUUCUGCUCCAGACAUUUUCAGUCAUAGGUUAACCCCUCAACCGAUGGCUGCAGAAAUGGCCAGUGAGGUAGUUGUCCAAGAACAAAAAAGAAGGACCAGGUCAAAAAGUGCCCCUCGGGUCCAAACAAGUCUUACCCCUGUGUCUUUUGAAGGGUCCUCUUCUUCAGGGCGGAAGGGAAGGGAGUCCCACAGGGCUUCAAGAGACUCUCGCUGGAGACCAGAAGUAUCACCGCGUAGGGAAUCAUCCUAUGCAGCAACAAGGGCUCACAUGCAUGAAGUCCAUCCUCUAAAGCUGCAGCCUCAAAUAAGUGACAGCAGUAAAUACUCAUCCCACUACCCAGCUGAUCAUUCAGAGGAUGGUGCGCUGGAUAAGCCAGCAACUAGUCCUCAUGUCAGGUGUCGAGUGGACAUCAAACCUGAUGACGCAGCAUUACAUCACUCAAGACAUAAACAGACCACACCUCAUGUGGACAUCCCUUGGCAGAGACAACACAGCGGGGGGAGUAGGAGUCUGACAGUGCCACGCCAUUUCUCCUACUCAAGAACACCAACUCCCACUGAUUCUUUAGGUACAGAGAGUCGGCAGGCUUACCAAUACUCCCGCAGCAUGCCAAAUAGCUACCUACAACCCAUGGAGAUCCCCUUGCAAAGAAUGCCUUCGUCAGCUGAUUACUAUGGACGGGAACGCAGAGCUCAUUCCAGCCCUAAUGUGCCAACCAAGUUCUUUUAUGCAGAUGAGGGGAGAUAUGUUACUACUGCUGCUCCUCAGCCAAGUUCUUACAUUCAUGAUGAGCGUUACACACCAGGACAAGCUUAUACCCCAAAAGUGCAAUACGUCCAAGAUCCAAGAACUCGAAUGGUGCAUGCUGUAGCUACGAGACCCUAUUACCCCGAGAUGGAGACUUAUCCAUACUCUGUGCAGACAGGGUAUCCCAAACCCUAUGCAGCCAAUGAGCCAGGGCCGUACAUCAUACAGACACCUCCAACAAGGAUAUUUUAUGGGGAUGAUCCAAGGUCUUAUCAAGUCCAAACUGCUCCGCCAAGGUUUUAUUAUCCCAGCGACAUGUAUGCAAUGCCACCAGAACAUCAUAUUCCAGCAAGGGCUUAUUACACAGAGGGCCGAAGACAUGCCAGAGUCGUUCAGCCACAAUCAGAUGACUGGUAUGGUUCAGAAGCAUCUGGUUAUUCCACCAAUCCUGCCUCUUAUGUAUCUCAAGUCACUCCUACCAGAGUCCGACAAGAGCCUGUCUUAACACCCUGGUAUGCCAGUCCAUGUGUAGAGCCUCAGAGAAUUGGCACUGAAUCAAAGUCUUACUCACGAUCCUGGGACAAUAUUCUUAACUCUCGAGUAGAGCGGGAGCAGCCUCUUCCAGUGCAGCGGGGUCAGAGCUAUGAUGAUCUUCUUGAGUCCAGGAAGCCUACAGGAGCCAAAAGUGACAAACCACAACCUGUGGUGGUCAAUCUCUCCAGUUCGCCAAGACGCUACGCAGCCUUAUCAAUGUCUGAUAACUCACUGAUUGACAAAAGCCCCACUGAGGCAUCAAAGAGCCCGACCAGUAAACUCUGGUUUGUCACUCCAGAGAUAACCAUCACUGAUAAUGACAUGCGACCAGGGAAACUCAACAAGGCCGAAGGACGAUCUGCCAGUUGGGACGUUCUUGAUUCCAGAAGUGCUGAGGGCCCAGAAACAUCUCACCAUGACUUCCAAAGCUUGACCAAAGAGAAGACACAUGACAAUGCCUCACUUCAGCAAAGCCUUGAACAACUUGAUGAGCUUCUGGCAGAUCUGGUUACUGAUUACAAGCCGCCUAGUAGAAGGGCAAGUGAGGACAUUCUGGAUCAACUGAAGAAGUUAAUUGAUGAAGAAGAAGCAGUAUCCCUGUCUAGAAAGAGCUCAAAAGCUGGUACAGAGGAACCACCUCCUCUGGACAAGCAGCCAACCUCAAUAAGAAUGAACCCUGAUGCUUACCGAGACAUGGAUGCAGCAAGUGAUGCCAUGAAGAGUGCAGAUGAAUGCUCUCCAGAUCAGAGUCCAGAUGAGGAUGAUACAAUGAUGUGUUCAAACAACAAAUGCAGAAGGACUGAGACUCUUUUCAAUGCUUGUCUGUACUUUAAAUCUUGCCACAGCUGCUACACCUACUAUUGCUCUCGUAACUGUCGCAGAGAGGACUGGGACAUUCAUAAGGAAAGCUGUCUGUAUGGAAGAAUUGGCAGCACAUGUCGUCACAUCAUCAAACACUGCCGGGAGACUGUUGAAGUCCACAAAGCCUUCUCCCGUAUUGCCAAAGUUGGCUACCUUUCUCGAGGUAGGGGAGUUCUCUUCCUUGGAUUUCCAAAUCCUACGUCAUCCAGCAGCUUCCUGCAGUACGGUCUGGAUAGUCUACCUAUGUCUCCUACUUACCUGUCCCUUCGAGAGCUUGAAAGCUUCAGGGACAAUUUAGGAGAGUACUGUAAAGAGCUACAGGAAGCUGGUAAAGAGUAUGACCCAAACGAAUGUUUCAUCUUGAAUGUAUCUAUUGCUGUCGGUGACCAACUACCCGAUGGGCCAUCACCAAGGAACCAAGCUCCAACUGUGAGAAAAUACGCAAAGGUAGCACUGGCAUCCUUCAGUCCUGAGAGAAAGGUUCAAAAGAAAGAGAGUGACAUGGAAACACUGAUCCUCACACCACCUCCAGGAACAGCAGAUAUCGACAAAGAGGGCGAGGAGGGCAGGAAGGCCAGGGAGAUAUGUUUCAUCAACAUACAACGGGAGUUAAGGAUUCGAGGAGUUUUCCUACGCCACGAAUACCCACAGGUGUACCAGCAACUCUGUGAGUUUGUGGAAUGUAAUAGAAGGUUCACGCCCACGACUAUUUAUCCUAUUGAUAAGAGGACCGGGAAACAGUUUAUGUGCAUGAUUAUGGCUGCCUCAGAGCCCAGGACUUUGGACUGGGUCGGCACCCCUCAUCUCCUCGAUGACAUUAUUUAAGUGCACCUUGGUUGUAAAUAUAUAUGUAUAGAAAUACAUAUAUAUUGUUACACAUAUUUAUAUAUCAAUCCAAUUACAAACAUUUGUAGAUAAGUAUUUUGUUAUCAAAAUGAUAUAUAUUCAUGUGUGCUUGGUCAGUAUUAUUCUUUUUCAGAAUAUUUCCUGUCAGGUGCAGAAUGAGUACAGUGCAUUUUUUAUUUUAGUCUUUUUACCAAGUACAGUUUUUUUAUCCUACACAAGUCAUUUAUCUGUUUUCUGGUCAUUUACUCUAUCAACACAUUCCUUUGAUAGAGAUUACUGAAAAUGACGUCCUGAUAUUUUUUUGUAAUUAUUAGCAGCAACAACUUUGAAACUUAGUCUCUUUAAAUUAGAAAGUUCAUCUGUAAGCGAGUACUACAUGACUAUUUUUCAUGUGACUUUAAUGGUAUAUCAGGCAGAAAAUAUUAAUGUUAUUUUCUUAGCUACUUCAAUACUUUCUAUGCAAAGUUGCUUCAUCAGUUAAGUACCACAUUCCUGUAGAAGGGGUUGUAUCUGUUACAUAAAAUACUAUAAAACAAAUUAUAUGAUGUAACAUUAUAUUAAAUGAUAUAUAAUUUAUUAUUGCAUCUCUUAAGAAAGUUGUGUUGAAAUUGAGGUGAAAUGUUAAAGUUAAUGGCAACGUAAAUCCUCAUCGUGAGAAAAUAACAAAAAACUAACGAUUGUGCUACUUGAAACAACUAUACUAUUAAAAAAAGGCACAAAUAUUAAUGAUCCUCUGAAGAGAACUGAACUUAAAUGUUUGAGUGUAAGGGUGGGCUCUAAAAUGAGUACCACCCAACUUUAAAGCUAUGUCCAUAAUGGAUGCUGAAAUGGUGCCAGUUACCAGCCGCACAGUAGGUGUCGGCCUGAACUGUUCAGUUACAAACACUGUGAAUAGUGAGAUUUAUCUACUACAAAAAUAAAACUUGGAACAAAACCAAGAAAUCAUGCAAUUUCCUAUAACACUGAGGUUGAUGAGUUGUAUUUUUAGAUACAUUUACGAAUAAAAAUAUAUGACUUAGCAGCAAGAGUUAUUGUCUAUAGAAAAGGUGAGCCAGGUUUGGCACAGUAGCUAUAUGGUACAUAAAUGCUUGAAGAAGACAUUAGUUGUGUAUUUGUGCUACACUAGGUUUACUACAUGUGUGAUUUAUAUCGUCCCUCUUGGUUUUAGCAGACCCAUAACCAUCGCAUUGCUCAUUAGUUGCAGAAUACAUUCUUUAGUGCAACUUAGCCAUGCCAUCCCUCCAGAAAGUUCUCUCGGUUUUGUUUGUACUCAAUCCCAAAUUUCCUGCCAGCAGAUCCUGCUCUUGAUACAUCAGAAGUUUACCUGGACAUUUUUUAAAAUGCAUAUAAAAUUAAACUACUCAGAAUAGUUUGGUUUUGCAUAUGCUUCAACAUAUCUGGAGGACAUGAAGGAGCUUUUUAUUGAUUCUUAGACCUUAAAUUAACUUUUACCUAUCCAGCUUUUGCUCCAAAGUCAUCAAAUGUGGCAGCUCAGUUAUUGGCCAAAACUUCAAAAUAUGGAACUAUAGCUACUUGAACAAUCCCUGACCAACCUCAGAACCAAUCAGCUAUUGUCCUAUGACUGCAUAGUCUCACAGAGCUGUAGUUGGAUGUUAUCGUGCAGGACUAGCCCAGAACUUCAUUUCUGUGUAUUGUCUUUGUUCACAGUUCAGCUGCUAACUUUGGAGAAGGGUGGGAGUUGGAAGGCAAAUACUGCAUGAUUCUAUAUAUCAUAACAGAAUUGAAAUUGAACAUGAGCUAGUAAGUUAAAUUAGAUAUGCUGUCAUUUUAGAUGGGAAAAUUUGUUAUCAUUAGUAGAACGUUAGUAUUGAAUGGCAGCAAUGACAAUGAUGAGGCUGCCUGCGGUCUCUGCAGAAACUGUUUCUCUGCCUCAUGAGCACAGGUAUCAGCUGAUUCAAAUUAAUCUGCUCUUAAUUAGCCGCUAAAUUGGCCUAACCAAUUAAUCUGACUAUCUCUAAUUAAUAUUCAUUAUGGGUGCAGUAGUUGAGUUGACGUGCAGGUAAGCAAGAUUGAAUUGUUUCUUCGGAGGCCCACAGCUAACCUCUCUGUGGGCUCCUCAAAACUUAAGUUGGGUUAACAUUUCCACAAUGGCACCUACAGCUGUUUAGCUUCUCUUCAGAAACCAAAAGGUGACGUUGCUGAAACAACAUCCAUUUUCUGUACAGAUAUUACACAUACUAACCUAAACCUAUAGAAUAUUUUUUAUGACCAUGUAAUCUUACUGCCCAAAAUAAACUCAAUUUGUUCAAAACUUAACCCACUAUGUGUAUCUGCGGACAUUCAAGGAAGUUGAUUGUAAAAUGUUGGUCAGCAAACAUUUGUUUGCACAUUAUUUUAAUAACUUAAUCAUGGUGCCCAUGUGAAGUUACCAGAUAUUUGAAGGGUACCUUGGUGAUCAUAUUAUGAAGCUUAAGGCCACAAACCAAGCUGCCAUCAUUGACCUGUCAGGAGCAAUUACACUUAAGUUUUCUCCUAGAUAUUUACAUUGUUCUUCAUAUCAGUCUUUUCCCUCGUGAUUUUAGCUUUCCUUAGUUUGUUAAGGUACGGUGAAACCUGAAGCACAUUGAUAUUUGACUGACGGACGGUGCUGUACAGAUUCAGUAAAGAGUUGCUGGCUGCAUGUGUUUUCUAUGCUCUGAUCUCAGUUUACCAUGACGUUGAUGAUAGUAACUUGCUUGAUGAAUGGAUUCGUGAAAGUGAAAACUACUAUGCUGUGUAAGAAAAAAAAGUGAAUUUUCCAUUUCUGUCAGUCAUUCGGGAUAAAAUAACACGUCAAAGGUGACGAAGAAGAGACCUCACUGAAACGUCUAGUAAUCUUGUAUUUUUUAUACUUUCAACAUAUGUGUCUGAGUGUGUCUAUUUAUAAACCAUAUCUAAUAAAUGGAAUGGGAACUCUGG